UGGUACCUCUGACGAGGUUCAGCUGAGCCCAUACUCAAAUGUGACGUCAUCAGGCUGCCGGUCACUAAUUGGUCAGAGAGUGUCGUGACUGAAGAGUCAUGAGCGUGCGACGUCAAAGCCAACAAUGUCCAUCUGUCCAAUAUUGUCCAACUGUAGACCAACGUUAAACAGACUGAGGAAUGCUGAAGAUGUGCGUUCAUCUGCAGUAUUUAGCAGAGGAGUGAGGUGGAUUUAGAGACGGCACUGUCGUCACCACAUUCACUUCAAUGACUGAAGAAGAAAGAUGUGCUGAGAUGACUCCGCCCACGUGGAGGAGGAGCUAUGAAGUCCUGGAAAACCAUAACAGACUGGGUUGAGCCGAGCUACAACUGUGUAGUUAGAAAGCACCAAUAGCGACAGACAACCAUUCCGAUUUUGGACUGUGGGAGUUUUUGCUUUACUGUCUUUACUACUAGUUUGUAGUACUAGUUACCAGUGCAGUUACUGCGUCUCAGGCUUCAUGUCUGUGGUUUGUCUCCUGUCAUCAUCAUCAUCCUUAGAGGUAGAUGAUGUCACACAGAACAUUAAAGGAACGGACAGACGUGUGUCCCACUGGCACACAGUAAUGUUUCUUUGUUCAAAAUCAUCCACGGCCUUUAGAGGACAGUGUUGUGGACAGACAGAAGCACAGACAGAACUAAUUCAUCAAUCCUUAAAUUAAUAGAGAGAUGGGGAGAAAGAAAGGAGAAUAUGACCCAGAAGAAACAAUGACGUCCAGAUUUGGUAAAACCUACAGCCGUAAAGGAGGUGAGGGCACGUCCAAGUUUGACGAGGUUCUGUCCACCAAGAGAGGCACGCUCAGCACCAAAUGGGGCGACACCACCUACAAGGCCAAGGUGGGCUCCAAGCGCCCCGGCGCCGCCAAGAACGACUCAGUCCUGGGGGUGCACAAGAGGCCCCGCCCCUCCGGCGACGGCUUUGAAGAUCCGUUUGGGUUCGACAGCGACGAGGAGUCCAAGCCGGUGUCGUCGUCUCGCAACGGCAGCAAGCCGUCGCCCAUCAAGCCGGCGUGGGCGGAGCCGCCGCGGGCGGAGAGGCCCGGCGCGUCUCUGGACACGGGGAGCAGGUCCAGCCUGCAGGGGGCGUCAUGGCUGCCGAGCGAGAGGAGUCAGCCCAAGGUGACGGAGGACACGGCGCGGUUCUUCAACAGCAGGAGCACCAACAUCGGGAGGCAGCAGAGUUCCCUGCCGUUACCAGAGAACCAGCACAGUUACUCCUGGUACCAAAACGCUUCAGAGAGCGACAGGAAGCCGCUGGCACAGACCACCACCCUCAAGACCGGCGCCAAAGCAGAGUCCACCUACGACUCCUGGGACACCAUCGUGGGUCUUCGUCCACCGUCGCCCAACCAGGAACCUCGUAACCCCGCCCCCACGCUCUCCUGGGUGUCGGCGGGCAUCACGGCAGCCGGGUGUGACCUGGGUCAGACCCGGCGGGAGAAGCCGCCGUCUCCUCCUCGUCUCCAGACCCUCAGCGAGAGGGAGGACGUGCACUUUGGCGGUGAUAUGGACUUCCUCCUGGAGACGAGUGACUUCUCUCAAAUGUCCUCGUCAUCCUCGUCACUUGUAAGGAACUCGAACUGUCGGAAGUACAGAAGGCCAAACAAACAGGGCGCCAGCAGAGCGCAGGACUCCAGUAGCGCCGCUGGCUCCGACUUUAGCUCCGAUCUUCCCAAAGUGUCCGACAGCGGCAGCAAGAUGACAGGCAGUGGCCGGGGGCGGGGCAGGACGAGGGACUACACGGUGCUGCACCCUUCGUCCGUGUCCGUCUGUAACGUCACCAUCCAGGACCGAGCGGUGGACGAGCUCAGCACAGACACAGCGCCCUCCAGUGGCAGCAGUACUGCAGCCUCCAGCAGCACAACAGAGCUGGGAGAGGCGGGGUGGCAGCGGAAGAAGGUGGAGCAACCAAACACAAGGCCCAGACAAACACAGACCGAGUCAAAGAAGGACAGUAGUAAGCUGGACCUGUUUGGCUUUGAGGAUACGGACAUGCGUGAGGACGAGGACAGCGUGGACAGCUCAGAUCCCGCCUCCAGUUACAAGAUCAAAUACUUUGGCUUUGACGACAUGAGCGACAGCGAUGGCGGUGACGAUGGUGACGAGGGCGGCUUCAAGGAGAGGAGGCGGGCCAAGAAGACUGCUGUUGCUAUGGCAAUACCCGAGGAGGUCACCGCGGAAGACACGGAGAGCUACGAGACGUACGAGCCACCCGAUCCCUUCGAGAGGCUGGAGAUUCUCCAGCAACCGAUGACGGUGAAGGAGAACAAGAAGAACUCAGUGAGGAGGGAAAACACGCUACGAGAUGUGCUGGACUUCUCGGAGGAGGGACUCAGGGUGGUGGCCAGCGCCCCCCGUAGGCCGCUGCAGGGCAAAGUUCUCGUCAAGAACCCCGACACGUUUCGGAGGAUCUUCAGUGCACACAAGAAGUCUCCCACCAAAGCUGUUUACAACGCCAGACACUGGGCGGUGGAGACUGAGGAACCACCAGCAACGCUGAGCUCCCACUCACAGAGCGCUCCUGUGUCCGUCUCAGUGGGAGGAGCCAGUAAGGAGCCGUCUGAAGCGCAGAAGGACGACGGCGUCUUUAAGGCUCCGCCUCCUCCUCCCAAGGUCACCAAGUGCGUCACCCUCCCCACAGACCUGUACCAGGACACGGUCACCACACUCAAGUGUCGUAAAGAGCACAAGGAGCUCUACACUGUGGUCCAGCAUGUGAAACACUUUAACGACGUGGUGGAGUUUGGAGAGAACCAGGAGUUCACAGACGACUUUGAAUACCUGGCCACCGGACUGAAGAGUGGGCAGCCACUGAACACACGCUGCCUCAGUGUGAUUAGCUUAGCGACGCGCUGCGCCAUGCCCAGCUUCAGGAUGCACCUGCGAGCUCGAGGGAAGGUCACUCAGGUGUUCAAGACGCUCAACGACGCCCCACAACACCCGAACCUGGCUCUGUGCACCGCGUCCCUGAUGUACAUUCUGAGCAGAGACCGUCUGAACAUGGACCUGGACCGCUCCUGUCUGGACCUGAUGAUCCGGCUGCUGGAGAUGGACCAUGACCAGGGGGGCGGGGUCGUGGCAGAGGCCGACUGCAGCGCUCAGUUCAGCGCCAGAGAGAUCGCAAAGAUGAAGGAGAGGAUCAGGAAGCUGUGUGACACGGUGCACAACAAACACCUGGACCUGCAGAACAUCACGACGGGACACUUAGCCAUGGAGACGUUGCUGUCGCUGACGUCAAAGAGAGCAGGAGACUGGUUCAAAGAGGAGCUGCGUCUCCUCGGAGGACUGGACCACAUCGUGGACAAAGUGAAAGAGUGUGUAGAUAACCUGAACCAAGAGGAAGAGGAGGAGAAGCUGGUGUCUUCUCUGUGGGGAGCAGAGCGGUGUUUACGUGUCCUGGAGAGUGUCACAGUCCACAACCCGGAGAACCAGAGUUACCUGAUCGCCUACAAAGACUCGUCGCUCAUCCACUCUUCAGCCAAAGCUCUGAGGAGGUGUGAGCAGAUGAUCCAGCGUUACAGCAGGCAGGUGAACCCAGACUCAGUGGUGGGUAAAGCUGUAGAGAACUGUAUGAGAGCCAUCAUCGGAGUCCUGCUCAACCUGACGCAUGACAACGAGUGGGGCAGCACAAAGACAGGAGAACAAGAGGAUCUCAUCAUCACAGCGCUCAACUGUGUCCUCAGAGUUCCUCAGUAUCUUCCACAGGAGCAGAGGUUCGACAUCCGUGUCCUGGGUCUGGGUUUGUUGAUAAACCUGGUGGAGUACAGUGCCAGGAACAGAUACUGUCUGAUGGAGAUGGAGAUGGAAGGAGGUCAGGGUCCCUGCGACUCCACCGUCCUCCUCAACCCUGAGCACCAGGACAUCGGCAGCUCGGGGCCCCUGAGCGCCAUCGCUGCACUCGUACAGCUGUUUCUCCAGAGGGAGCGGGCCGCCAUCCAGGCCGAGGCGCAGACCGAUGACCUCAUCAAGGAGGCGCCGAAGGCUCCGCUGGACCAGAGCGGGCAGUGGCAGGAGACGGGCGGGGAGAUCCAGUGGGUCGCCAACGAGAACGCCAACACUGACACCAACAAACAGGAAGAAGACAAGAAGAAGGAGGAGGAGGACGAGGAGCUGGACCUCAACAAAGCUCUGCAGCACGCGGGGAAGCACAUGGAGGACAGCAUCGUGGCGUCGUACACGGCACUGCUGCUGGGCUGCCUCUGUCAGGGAAGCCCGCUGAAUGUGACGACUGUGAGAGAAAACCUGCCUCAGGGAGAUUUCUCCAUCAUGACAGAAAUGCUGAAAAAGUUCCUCAACUUCAUGAACCUCACAUGUGACGUCGGCACCACAGGACAAAAGUCCAUCUCCAGGGUUAUUGAUUAUCUGGAGCACUGUUAGAGAGAACACACACACACACACACACACACACACACUCACACUCAUCAUCACUGCUGGAACCAGGUGUGUGUUUCUUCAUCUUCUUCCUCCAGUUAAAGGAAAGUUCCGCUGUUUUAUUUGACCAUUCACACUCACACUCACACUCACACUCACACACACACACACACACACACCUGCAUCAUCAUAUAAAUAAAUUCACUGACUUUUCUCGUUGCUGCUCAGAAGGAUGUGUUUUCUAACCCCACCCCCUCCUCCCCUCCCCCUCACUUCAGUAUGUGAUCGAUUAGUGAGUCCAUGAAUCUUUGUUUUUUUAAUCUUUUCUUCACUCGUUCAUCUCUUAUUUUUUUUCUCUCAUCUUUAUUCACCUCUGACCUCUGUGUGUCUGAGGUCGACCAAUCAGAAGCAUCCAUCGUCUGAAUCACAGUCUUUAGAUGCAGAUCAAAGCCCCGCCCCCUCAUUUUCACACACUGAGUCACGUCGAGUCAUACUGAGUCACGCUGAGUCACGUUGAGUCAUACUGAGUCAUCUUGUGUCAUACUGAGUCAUACUGAGUCAUCUUGUGUCAUACUGAGUCAUGCUGAGUCAAACUGAGUCACGCUGAGUCAAACUGAGUCAUCUUGUGUCAUACUGAGUCACGCUGAGUCACGCUGAGUCAUGCUGAGUCACGUGUCAUACUGAGUCACACUGUCAUGCUGAGUUAUACUGAGUCCUGUUGAGUCAUACUGAGUCCCGCUGAGUUAUACUGAGUCACGCUGAGUCCUGUUGAGUCAUGCUGAGUCAUACUGAGUCCUGUUGAGUCAUGCUGAGUCAGAUUGAAGUUUAACCUUUAAAAAUCAUCAAAUAUAAAGAAAAUGUAAUUAACGUCUAAACUUUAAACAAAGUUUUCCCUAAAUCUGACCUUUAAAUUUAAAUAUUCUGAAAUAAUUAAACACAUUCAUCUGAGCAGAAAACAACAACUUCAUUAUUUUAAUGUUUUAAACAUUUCACACACACACACACACACACACUGUUUCUGAACGUUUACAGCUUUAUUGACAAACGUCUGGAGGACAAACAGACAAGUUUGUCUGUUUUUCUUUGUAAAUAUUUUCUGUGUACAUAAACGUUUCCUUGUUAGAAGACAGAGGGAGGGGGAGGAGCUGCAGGAGGGGGCGGGGCUUCAGGUGAGAGGCUGUUAAAUUGAAAUGUAGACGUAGAAUCUACUUUUUUCCCUGAAUCUAUUUUUCUUUUUCUAAAGCCUUUGUUGUUGUCGUUGUUGUCGUCGUCGUCGUCGCAGCUGCGGGAAAAAAAACAACUUCUUUGUAUCAAUUUACAGACUCUGGUCUUUGGUUACAUGUACAUAAUUUUAAAAUAAUAAAAGUUGAUACUUUCAGUAUUUA